UUAAUAAAUUAAAAUUAAUAAAUAAAUUAUUAAGAUUUAUGUUCAAUUUACUUGUAUAAGUAAAUAUAUAAGUAAAUGAAUGUAAAAGAUACUUUUAGCUAAAUAUCCAUAAUUUUCUUUUAAAAACAUAAAUUUGAUAUGUUUAAAGAAUAUUUAAUACAAAAAUCAAUAUGGUUCGUGUAAUCACAGUACAUAAUUUUUUGGGGCAAAACAUCACUCAAAUUGAAGAACCAACUGCAAGCUGUAUAGCAAAUGCAUCUGGACGUGAAAUGCUUCUCUUAGCAUUAUCAACUCAUUGCAUUGAAGUUUGGGAUUUGAUGAUGUCUGAUAUUAAAUUACAUACUGUUUUUCCAACAGUUGAUAUGAUUAAUCAAAUGAUACAUUGUACCAAAGAAGAUUAUGUUGUAACAUUGGAAUCAAAAUUAUCUAGAGAUGCAAGUAUUAAUAAUCAUACAGGGAAAACAAUUAAUAAUUUUGUUAGAAUUUAUGUUAAUUGGGCUAUGGUAAAAGAUCAAAGUCAACCUAUGCGUGCUAGAAUAGCAGGACGUGUUACACCAAGUUUGAAUCGACCAUUGAAUAGUUUAGAAAUGAUAGAAUUACCUUUAAGCAUACAGCCUACAUUAAUUGCUUGCUGUCAAAGUACUGGUAAUCUUCUUGUAGCUUCAGGAAAUAGUGCUAUUCUGCAUGAAUUCAAAAUUGAAACACAGCAAGUAUCAAAGAUGAAGUUUAUAGAUUUUGAAGCAAGACCAUGGUCUUUAGGAUUUUCAUUUUCUCCUACACAUAUGGAAAUUAUUGAAGAUUUCAUAUUAAUUAUGGAUAAGACAAAUUUAUGUGUUUUCCGAUUGACUAAUUCAAUGUAUGAGGAUAUUGAUCAAUUGAGUUCUUUAACUUCCACAAAUUCCUCAUCUAUUGAUAAAACAUCUAUAUCCACAGAUUCCUCUCUUGCAGAAAAUAGCAAUAAUAUGAAUAAUCAAGAUGAUAACAUAAUAUUGCAAGGAGCAAAUUCAAAAUGUAAGAGUUCUAAUCAAGAUCCUUAUUUCAUUUUAUCAGAAAACAAUGAUUCUAGUGGAAUAAGCACAAAAUUUAAAAGUAAGAGACACAAAAGUUCUAAAAUAAGUAUAUGGAACAAACUAGAGACAGGAGAUUUUAGAAAAAUAAAAUCUAAUAAUAAUGAUAAUAUUAUAAAUUUGGAUCACUUAAUAUAUAAUGAAAAAGAUGAAUUACAAAGAUUAAUUGAUCAAGAAAUUAUUGAUGGAAAUUCACAACCUUUGACUAUUAAUUUGCCAUCUAUAAGUUUAGAAAGAGCAGGACCUGGACAUACUUUAAGUCCUUUUAUAUUAAACCCAUCAGAUAUAAGAAUUAUAAUUAAAACAAAUUCUCCUGAUUUAGGAUGGUCAGAAAAUUAUACAAUAAAAAAUUUGUUAUCUCUUAAAAUAAUAGCAGCUAAUAAUAAACUUGAUGGAAGUUCUGAAGUAUUCAAUUGCUCUUUACUAAAACCAUUAUACAUGAGAAAAGAGUGUAAUAAUUCUUAUUUGAAAAAAUCAAUUCUUAGAUCAGAUAAAUAUACAUAUUUGCAAGGUGUUAGUUGCUUUUUAAGCACUUUGCAAGAAGGAUAUCUUUAUCACUUUUCUGCUACUAGUUCAAAUCCUACAGAUGUAACUUGUUUAACUACUUAUCCAUUUACUGCACCUGUUAAUCAAGUAGCAUUGGAACAUACUGCUUUGCAUGCAUUGACCGAAGCUGGUCUUGAAUCUUACACAUUACGUUUAUCUCAUCAUAUUGCAAGAACAUCAAAUAAUUUAGAAAAUUUAAGAGUAACAUGUCCUAAUGUCUCUGAGCCAGUCUGUCUAAUCGGAUUAAGACCAUUUUUAGGAAUACAAAAACUAUUACAUAGCAAAAAUUAUUUAAUUCUCUUAGCCAAAGCUGAAAAUUCUUGGACUUUAUAUUCUUUAAUUUUACCUAAAUUGGAAAAUUUAUAUUAUGAUAUCUUAAAUGCAGCAAGAAAUCAUAAAUCUUCCAGUCCUAGUACAUAUCGACAUUUGUUAGGGGAGGCUCAUGCUUUGAUACGUUUAGCUAAAGAUGCUGUGUACAAUUGUUUAGAUAUUAAUGAUUUUGACGAUAUCGCUAAUAAAAAUGGAUUGAAAUUAAAAAAUUUAUAUAAUCAAUCUUGCGCGUUGCUUGGAGACUAUUAUAUUCGUUCUGAAUAUGAAUCGGAUUGGGAUUUUUGUAUACCUUAUUACAAAAUGUCAGGAUUAAAACCCUCAGAAGUAUUAUCUAGAAAAUCAAGUCAAGAUGCUCCGGGACUCGUUACUUUUUUAACAGAUAUUCUUCUUACAAUGAAAAGUGGUUCAGAAGCUGAUGCGUUGUUUCAAGGAUUUAAUAUUGUAGAAAUGAUAUGUAAAUUAAAAAAAUCGGAUUUACUGAAAUUGAUUUUCAGUAGUCCUAUAUUGCGAGAAUAUACCACCGAAAAAUUAAUCCAUCUUUUAUUAUUAUACGAAACAGAUGAGUUAGUUAAAUUAGCUUUAGCACUCUUAUAUAUACAAGCUGAAAAACAGGAACAAGCAGAAAAAAUAAUUGAGCCAGUUUCGGCAUUAUAUAUCAAACGAAUAGUUUUAGAACAUUGGGAUCUUUUGUUUGAUAUGACAGCUAUGAAAAAAAGAAGUCCAAUGAUUCCGACGUUUUCGGAUUUUGCUGGAAUGUUAAUGCGACAAAAAAAUUUAACUUUUGCCGAAAUUUUAAUACAAUUAAUAGAAGACGAUGGAAUUUUAUCUCUUCAUCAAAUUAUACAAGUAUUUUUAGAAUAUUUGCCGUCAAGAGUAGGACGGGAUGGACAUAAUGCAGCAAUGACAUUACAAAUUUUUCUUGAAAAAUAUCUUCAUAAUUACUUCAGUACAAAAUUGAUUAUAGACUCAUCUGUUAUAAAUAAAAAUCAAAUACGCACAGAUUUUGCUCUUGUUGAAGCAUUUAAGUUAUUAGUACGAUCAUACUUAGGCAAAUUAACUCAAACUAAAGUAUACAAAAUAGAAAAUAGAGAAAAUAUGCAAGAAAAUUAUGAUAACUUCAUAUUUGUCAAAUUUAGACCUCAUUAUCUAAACGGGAUGCCACCAUAUGCGAAAGAUUAUCAAAAAGUUUUGAAUAUGUGCGAUUUACAAGAUUUAGUUGAUAUCGAUAAGACUGAUUCUGAAAAAACUAUACCAACAGAAUUGUUUAAAUUACAAUCUGUAUUAUCUUGCGAUUUUAUACCAAAUGAAUGUUUAUAUGAAGUUAAACAAUUUCUUGAAACACAAGAAAUUCAUGGCAGUUUAUCUUUAAAAACGUUAUGUAUUCAAAAUACGGAAGAAACAACAACACUUCUAAUGGAAAAUUGUCCUCAAGCAGUUGUACAAUAUGCGAAGGAUACGUAUACUAAAGAUUCUGAAUGGAAGUAUUUAAUUGAACUAACACAAAAUAAAAUUUCUACAACAAACACUCGACAAGAAUUGCAAUGUUUAUAUACGCAAAUUAUGAAAGCAAUUUUAAAUUAUCUACCACAUACAUUAUCUUUAAAAAGUCUACAUCGUGUUCUUCCAAAAGAUGAUAUAAUAACAUUUCAAAAAUGCAAUGAAAUGUGUAAUCAAAUUAUGCACGCCGAACAUGUUAAAUCGUUAAUAAUGGAAACUGGGCAACAACUUUUAUCGACAUUAAAAUUAUGAGCGAUAAUUUUAACUGAUCAAUUUCGACGACGAUAGGUCCAAUUUAAUUUAUUUAUAAAAAAAAAAA